GAUCGAUUAACGGGGCUCGCGUUGAGGCAAAGAAACAACCGCCCGCGCGCGCCAGCUGGGCCCGGCGAUUGCAUUUAGGGUGCAUCGCUGCAGCGCCAGCCACGCCUACGCUGCGCAGGGCCCCGGCCGCAACAGCUUUAACGAGCCCCAACCUCGUUUUGUGGGAGGGACUGCAGGAAACCGCAGAUACUGAGGGAACCGCGCGCGAUGGCCUGGCGCGGCCACGAGGCGUCGCCCCCGGCCUCGCCGCCGCGCGCAGAUUACGAGGCCGGGCACGAUGGUCUCGACGACCUCGCCGUCGCCGCGCUUGCGACGCUGCCGCCGCAGAAGGCCGCCUCGAUCCUCACCAAAUUAAGGAACAAAGGAGGCAACGUUCGCAACCCGUCGGCCUACGUGGUCCGGUCCUGUGUGGAAAUCAAAAUUCAGGCGUCUCACGCCGUCGACACCGUUGUCCUAACCUAACUCACUGGUUGAUUUCCACACAGGUCCGGUCGGUCGAGAACGCGCACUGCCACGGCGGCGGAUCCCUGCGCCCGCAGCCGCCGCCGGGGGCCGUGUACUACGUACCGUACUGUGUGGAAAUCAACGCGAUCCUGCUGACCGAGCGGUGAGAGACGCGCCCCGCCACGCCAUCGGAGAUGCGCCGCGAAAUUUGAUUUCAAAACAGGUACCGUACUACAACUACGGGCCGCCGCCGCCUCUAAAUGAGAGCCCGCCGGGCUUUGAGGGUUUCGCGCCGUCGCCCGCGGCCCCGGCCUUCGUGCCCCAGGGGGUGCCCUAUGAGGCGCCCGGAGUCCAGCCCCCGCCCCCGUCCGGCGGGGACGAGUCCGACGCCACGGACGACGGCGAGCAGAAGGACCCCUGCGACGCGCUCGACCCCAAGGCGUCCGCGGCACUAGCCAACCUCCCUGAAAAAGAGGCGGACCGCAUCCUCGACAACCUAAGGCGGAAGGGCGACGCCGUGCGCAACCCGUCGGCGUACGUGAUGCGCUCGAUACUCAACUCGCACGCGGAGGUUGGUUGUGCUUACGCCACAGAGGAAUUGCCAGAUAUUGAAGAAGUCCCGCAGGUGGUGCUCUGUGUGGAAAUCAAUCAGUGCGUCGUCGCGUCGAUGGCGCGGAGGACGACGCGAUGAUUCAAGCAACGCGCCGUAAAAUUCUGAUUUCCACACAGGCGGCGUUGCACGACGCGGCAAACUGCGCGGCCUGCCUCGAGUGCAACGAGGUAGCCCUCUGCCCGCGGAAGGCGGCGGUCGACGAUGCGCUGCGCUGUGUGGAAAUCAACCAGUGAGUUAGGUUUACCUUCGUGAGCCUUCAUGCCAUCGAGCCGACGCGGUCACGGGAACAACAUCGCGUCGAUGGCGUGGGGCGCCUGUAAUUUGAUUUCCACACAGGCGCUGCGGGCGCCGCCCAUUCGCGAAACGGGCUGUUCCAUCGCCUUCGCGACGCGAGGCUCGGCAGCGGUACAGGCGGCGCGCUGCGCGCAACGGUGGCGCGCGCGGCGGCCGGCGCGGCCGGCGGCGGCGCCGCGGCCCGUCGAGCCGCCGGCCGAACCAUCGUCGGGUUGCGGCGAGGCCUGCGACUGCGGCGACGCGCGGCCGGCGGCGGCGCCGCGGCCCGUCGAGUCCAAUUCUUGCGGCGAGAAUUGCGACUGCGGCGACGCGCGGCCGCCGGCGCCGUCGCGGCCCGUCGACUGCGGCGACUGCGGCGACGAGGCUUGCGACUGCGAGAAGCCCGGCGAGGCGAGCCCGGUCGUCGGCUCGCCGCCCUCGCUUCCGCGGAGCGUGUUGGUGUGCGUCGGCGACUGCUCCGUGGACGAGCAGGCGAGGUGCGGGAGGCGCGCGCGCGUCGCCAAGGCCGUGGCCCAGGCGGCGAUGCAGCCCGGCGCCACGCAGUGCGCCAUCGUCGCGGGGCGCGCCGCCGUCGACGCCGACGCGCUGGUUCUGGCGCUGGCCGAGCUGCCCGAGAGCGACGCGGCGGCCGUCGCGGACGACGAAUUAGCGCGCGGCGUGGCGCUCGUGCAGCAGGUGCAUCAUUAUCUGAGCCCGGCGAACCUUGCGGACGACGAAUAUCUGCGGGGCCUCCAGGAGGCGACGGGGGGCUACGUGGACCUCGCGGCGCUCGCGGCCUUUCCGAACCUGGCGGCCAUGGGCGCCGACGUGGCGUCGCUGGCGCGCGUCCUGAAGCACUCGCGCCUCGUCGAACUGGACCCGACGGGCACGCUGGUCCGGCCGCGGCCGCGCGAAAGCGCGGCCUGAUGUCCUGUGGACGUCAAAAUUCGAAUCGAAACCACCCUGUCGAACCCCAGUCGUAAUACUAGUUGAACUACUUAGCACACAACAGC